UCGUAAAUUCUGUAGGCCGAUUGACAACAAAAGGCAAUAUUUGGAGCAUUGUUGUUUUAAAUGUUUCCUUGUAGAGUGUUGUGAACGGAAAGCCUAUAUUUCUGAUUUACACGGUGGAGGAAAAAAUAUGAAGAGGCGAAAUGCCGACACUGGGAAAAUGCGGCGCCCUGUGAAACGCACCAAAAUCACCGAAGGAAUGUACGGAAACUCAAUGCUGUACCUUAAAUUCGUGAUGCUGUGGGCAACAGUGGUGAUGGCCGACUACAUGCUCGAGUUCCGCUUCGAGUUCCUCUGGCCGUUCUGGAUGAUACUCAGAUCUGUCUAUGACUCAUUCAAAUAUCAGGGACUUGCAUUCUCUGUGUUCUUCAUCUGCAUAGCGCUGACGUCUGACAUGAUAUGUUUCUUCUUUAUACCGCUACAAUACAUAUUCUUCGCAGCCAGCACCUACGUUUGGGUGCAGUAUGUCUGGUAUUCAUUUGCAGACAAAGGCAUAUGUCUACCCACUGUAGCAAUAUGCUGCGUGCUAGUCUACGUAGAGGGUGCGCUAAGGACAGAUCGCGGAGGCGGGGUGGCGGGAGGGGGGUUGGAGCUCUGUCGGCCGCUGGCCGCGCACUGUGUCGGUUACCCAGUGGUGACUCUCGGUUUCGGUGUAAAGUCGUACGUGGGGCACAGGCUGCGGUUAAGGCGGCAGAAACAAGUACGCGCCGAAAAUGAGUUCUACUUCCAGCUAAUGAAGGACGCGUUACCCGAGAGCGCGUUAGAACAGAAUCAACAAACAAAAGAGUCAGAACGGACACAGAGCUCGACAGCAAAUGGCGAGUGUCCACAGCCGCAGUCGCAGCCGGCGACAGAAAAGCAUGCGCACGCGCACGAUACGCGGCACAUGAAUGGCUCACUGCGGCGCAAAGUGGGCAAGACGGAGUCAAAUGGCUCGUGUGUGCCAGAUCCUGCAGUCUUGCAGGCCAAGCUGGAUAAGCUAGAGCGACACCUGCAAGAAAAGGCAGCGAGAACGGCGGCACACGCGCAGUCUGCGACACACGCGCACAGCAACGGCACGGCGCCCGGCGCGCACGAUGCAGACGACAAACACGAACACAGUAAAGGUGGUUCGAAAUCGAAAUGUGAAAAGAAAGAGGCUAGUACAUUAAAAGAAGAAAAAAGAAAGAAUAAAAACAAAGAUAAAGAUAAGGAUAAUCAUAGUGAUAGUCAUAAGAAUACAGAGCAAACAAAAGAACAAAUAGUUAAAGAUGUAGAAAGUACAAAAGAAAAUCACAUAAGAAAUCACAAAGAGUGCAGCAGCAGUUAUAAGGAGAGAGAGAAGGAGAAGGAAAGAGAAAGAGAGAGGGAGAAAGAAAAGGAAAUGAGAGAGCGAGAGAAGGAGCGCGAGCGGGAACGAGAACGCGAAUCGCGCGAGGCUCGUGAAUGCGCCGAGGAGCUCAGACGAGUGAAAUCGGAGCUGAUGACGGCGCGGACUGCCGAGGCGGAGGCUAAGCGGGCCCUGGCAGCCGCUGCAGCCGCUGACCGCCAGCGGAGGCAGGACUAUCAUCAGCUCAAGCAGGCGCAUCAAGCUUUACAGCACAAGCUCCAGACGUGGCGCAGCAGCGAGCGCGCGGCGCUGGAGCGGCGCCUGGGCGAGGAGCGGCGCGCGCGCACCGCGGCCGAGACGCAGCUGCGCAGCGCCCGCCACGCGCACUCGCAGCAGCAGCAGCAGCAGCAGCAACAGCAGCUACAACAGCAGCAGCUACAACAGCAGAAGCUACAGCAGCAGCAGAAUGCAAGCGGUGAAUGCGAAAAUUCGUGGUGCGCGUCGCGGCGAGCGGCGCAGGCGGCAGCGGAAGCGCAGGUGGCGGCGGAAGCGGACGCCGCGGCGAUGCGGCGGGACCUGCGGAGGGCGCGAGAGCGCGCGGAGCAGCUGCAGAGAGACUUGACGAGAGCCACUGAGCAGGUGCGGUCCCUGGAGGAGGAGGGCGCGGCGCCGAGCAGCCGCCUGGCCGGCGCCUGCGCCGCGCUGCAGGAGCGCGCCGCGCACCUCGAGCGCUCGCUCUCCGCCGAGACCAGGGUCAAGCUGGACCUGCUGUCGGCGCUGGGCGAGGCCAAGCGGCAGAUGCACAUACAGGAAGGUCUAAUAUCGAGGCAAGAAAAAGAGAUAGAAGAGCUUAAAGCGCAAAUGUUGGCCGUGAUGCCCACGGAGUUCGUGACCCCGGUGAGUGGCACGGUGUCCAAACUCCGCCUGGAGAGCUCCCCGCUGGAUCCCAACGCGUCAGUCUACACGCCGAAGCAACUCUGUUCCGACGCUUAGAACUCAUAGAACCGGUCUUUGUAUGGACAUUGAUCUCAUUUUUUGUUUAAUUUAUUAUUUUGUACUUGUUUUUUAAUUGUGUCGUGGAAAUUGUGCUAAUUGUCUUCCUUGUGGUUCCAGAUUUUGGUAUCUUGAAUUAUUAACUUUAUUCAGCCCUUACAAAGACUAAUUUAUAAAUUUAUUUUUAUUGUAUUGCAAUCUGUAAC